AUGUCGCCGAACCAGUUUCAGGCCAAGGCUUCUUUCGCUGGUCACCAACGCGCCUCAGACGCUCUGCCGUACAGCUGCAUUUAUGGAUACGAGGCACCAACGGACAAGGCAACAGAAGAUAACGACAAGAACAAAGUCAUUGUUCAUUAUGUGGCAUUCAGUGGGCCCGAUCUGAGGAACCCCAGUGCGGCAAAAAGAACAACAGCGCAGUUCCUGUUUGAGCGGACCGAGGAUGCCGACAGGUUUUUCCAGACAGCCAGGGACCUCGGAGCAUUCCCAAAACCAAGACGCAUUUUGCUGCUGGUGAACCCGAACGGUGGCGUCGGCAAGGCCAAGCGAAUCAGUGACACGGUAGUCAAACCCAUGCUUCAGCACUCUGGACUCACCGUCAAGGAACAAUAUACAGAGUACGGUCGACAUGCGGUCGAUAUUGCAGCCAAGGUGGAUCUGGACGAGGUCGACUCGUUGGUAGUUGUCUCUGGCGAUGGAGUCCUGCAUGAGGUCAUCAAUGGUCUAUUGUCGCGCCCUGACUGGGACCGAGCCAGGAAGACGUCUAUCGGAAUCGUGCCUGCAGGAUCAGGAAAUGCGAUUGCUGCUUCACUCGGUGUCGUCAGUCAGCUCGUGGCGACACUUACUGUCGUUCGUGGAGAGACGUCCAAGCUAGAUAUUUUUUCGCUGUCUCAACUCAACAGACCAAGGAUCUACUCCAUGCUGUCCUUCAGCUGGGGUAUGAUGGCCGAUGCCGACAUCGAGUCUGACAAUUACCGCUGGCUGGGUCCAUUGCGGUUUGACGUGGCAGGAUUUAUUCGGAUGAUCAGAUUGCGACGAUACCCCGGAAAAGUCUAUGUACUUCCACCAAAACACCAGCAGAACCCUUCAACAACUAAGCAACAACUAACGCCGCCACAAUCCCCAUCCCACAAGCGAGAACCCGAGUCUCGAUUCCAGCACCUUCUCGACAGCAACAUCAAGGAACCACCCAAACCAUGGAGUGUUAUCCCCAAUAUGCCCUUCUACAGCAUGCUUCUGCUGCUGAACUGUCCCAACGUGGGCGAGACUAUCUUUUUCACGAACACCAUCCGGUUCAACGACGGAAUCAUGCGGCUCUGGUACUCAGCCGAGACGCGGUUCUGGAAGAUCUUGAUGCCCUUCAUCUUUGACCAGCAGAACGGCAAGAUGGUCGAGCGGGACUUGAUGAAGGAUCUGGAAUGUGGAGGGAUCUUGAUUGUCCCCGGAGUUGAGGGUAAGCCUGACGAUCCGUCGACACAUAAGGUUAUCGAGCCUGAUUGGGUUACCUCCCCAGCAGCAAAGGCUCAGAAUAUCUACCAAAAUCCUGGGCUUUUUGAUGUCGAUGGAGAACUCAUGCCAACCGCCAGGACAUUGAUCGAAGUCCACCCCAGUCUGAUGAAUAUUCUUGUCCCAGAGUGGCUGUACCACAAGGACGAUGAUAACUCAACGGCGAGAGCACAUGAGACUGCGGUGAUCCAGGCGAUAAAGGCUCAGCAGAAGGUUCGUUCAAGUUUUGGCGGUAUUUUGGUUGCAGCCACUGCUGUCGCUGUUGCUGCUGCUGCCGUCUUUUUGUCGGUCGACGGCCAUUCUCCUGUCGAGUUCCUUCGAUCCACUCUUCAGCUUUGA